AAAAGGCAACAAUCAAUUGGACUGCUACAGUGUGCGGCGCACAGGAGAGAGGUGACGCUCCCCAACCCACAGACACAGAGUACAAGGAGCGACGGACAGAGUACAGUUUAAUCUUCCACGCCCGCUCUCUGCUAAACUUGAUCCUAAAGUUAGCAUUUGAAGAUGUUUAAUGGCGCUUCUUUAUUUUUACUUCGAUGGGUUCUGCCUACACAAGUCCGCUUAGAUAGAACCUAGGCAUUUUUUAUUUUAUUCUAUUGAUCAAGAAGUCUCCAGAUUCCCAGCUGCGGAGAUAUGUGCAAAAGAGGAGGCGAUCGGAGCAGUGCACGGACUGUAUUUCGUCCACAGAAGGAAAGCGUGGAAUAAACACGAAUUAAUGUGGAAUUUAUUGGAGCCCAAAGCUGGAAGGACGACUGGACACAGCCCUUCCUUAUCAGGGACUGACCAUGGUCGCCGUGUUUCGUUCUCUCAUCUUACUGCUGCUGGCUCAGGUGUUGCUAGGCGGUGCUGCGGGACUUAUCCCCGAGGUCGGCCGGAGGAAGUACAGCGAGUCCGGGAAGCAGAGCCCGGAGCAGUCUGAGAACUUUCUUAACGAGUUUGAGCUGCGGCUCCUCAAUAUGUUCGGACUUAAACGGAGGCCGAACCCGAGCAGGCAGGCUGUGGUGCCCCAGUAUAUGGUGGACCUGUACCGUAUGCACUCGGUGAACGGAGACCACAGCACAAAACGGCCCCGGAGCAUGGGGAGACACGCAGAGAGAGCCGCCAGCAAGGCCAACACGAUUAGAAGCUUUCACCACGAAGAAUCCAUGGAGGCUCUGGCAAGUCUGAAGGGCAAGACCACCCAGCAGUUCUUCUUCAAUCUCACCUCCAUCCCUGGAGAAGAGCUCAUCACCUCUGCAGAACUCCGGGUCUACAGGGACCAGGUCCUGGGGGCCACAGCAGCUCCCACCAGUAACACCAGUCACAACAGCAGUAACCGCUCCAGUACCAAUACCAGUACCAGUGUUGGUGGCAUCCAUCGCAUCAACGUGUACGAGGUGUUUGGAGCCCCUGCAUCUCCCCGUGGGGAACCCCUGACGCGCCUCCUGGACACUCGGCUGGUGCAGGAUUCUCUGAGCCGCUGGGAAAGCUUCGACGUCAGCCCCGCCGUGUCCCAGUGGUCCUCCGGGGGGAGCCACAACCACGGAUUCAUGGUGGAGGUGUUCCACCCAGACACCCAGGGGGGCGAGGAGGCCCAGAGACAGAGCAGGCACGUCAGGGUGAGCCGCUCCCUCCACGAGGACCAGGACUCAUGGCCCCAGGCUCGACCCCUGCUGGUGACCUACAGUCAUGACGGGCGGGGGAACGCGGUGCUGCACAGGGACAAGAGACAGGCAGCAGGCCACAGGAAACAGAGGAGGAAGCAUCAACACAAGGCCAACUGCCACAGACACGAACUCGACGUGGACUUCAGCGAAGUGGGCUGGAACGAGUGGAUAGUGGCGCCCCCUGGCUACCAUGCCUUCUACUGCCACGGGGUAUGUCCCUUCCCAUUGGCCGACCACCUCAACUCUACCAACCACGCCAUCGUUCAGACUCUGGUCAACUCUGUGAACUCCAACAUCCCCCGGGCGUGCUGCGUGCCCACAGAGCUCAGCCCCAUAUCUCUGCUCUAUCUGGAUGAGUAUGAGAAGGUCAUCCUCAAAAACUACCAGGAUAUGGUGGUGGAGGGAUGUGGCUGCCGUUGAGACAUACAGAGAGAGAGAGAGACAGAGAGAGGGAUGGGAUAAAGGGAUGGAGACUGAGAAAGACAUAGAGUGUGAGGUGAUAUGGACACCCGGUUUCUCAAUGAAAAUGUUUUAUUUAUAUGAAAGAAAAGACACAAGCAGAGAUAUUUUGGGAGAAGAAGAAAAAAAGAACUAUAUAUGAAUAUAUUUAUGUCUAGUUAAAGUUGGGAAAAAUAAAUAUUUUACUCGGAGGAAUAAUCCUUUACUGGUUUUGAAAAUGUAUAUCUGAUGUACAUUUCGAAAUGGGUGCAAUACCACAUGAAGUAUAAUGCUCAGAUUUUUAUUUUGUAUUUAUUUCUAUUGUAACCACUUUAUUUGUAAAUAAAUCAUGUGUAUUUAUCGUGAGAAAACACGUUGGUUUUUCCGAUUGUCCACAACUUGUCCAGCUGACAUCACAACGUGUGUUUAAAAACAUUAAAAUCACACUAAGGAUGUCAAGGGGUCAAAAAAGUAACAGAGCUACAAACUUCUCCCACAUAAAUUAGCAGCAAAAAAACAAACAAGACUCGGUUAAAAGCUAACUCUCUAACACGGAAUGCCUAGAUGGAGCAUUUACAGCUACUCCGAUAAACAUAGCUGGAGCCUGGCGGUGUGUUUUGAAAGGGUCAGUGUAAGUGUGGUGUAAUGGCCUGCAAUGGGGUAUAGAAUCACAACAGGGUCCAGGGUAGUUACAUCUAUACAGAUGUUAUAAGGUCUCUGGGGAGGACUAGGAAAACACAGCGAGAUGUUUUCCUCCGCUACAUAGCGUUAUACAGAUCCCUGGGAAUGAAGGCUGAGGUAAAAGUUAACUCCUGGGAAUAGUUCAUUUAAAAGAGAAAGAGAGAGAGAGAGAGAGAAAGCGGGCGGAGAAGUAGAGAGAGAAAACAAACAACCUGAGUUGUCCGUCGGGGUGCGAGGGAUUUGAAGAGUGUCUGUGACUUUGUUUACUGUGUGAUUUGAGACGCGACAGCCCGCGAGCUAGGAGACGGAUACGCCAACGGGCCCUCAGCGAGACAUGAGGUCUACAGCUGCUUUAAUUAAUAAAGAUAAACAAACGCGCACACACCGGUGUACCUGCUACAUAUUGCACAUGUUCAGACACAUUCUCCCCCUACGUGUUUUUUUUGGCUACCUUCCUUUGUCAUCUCUGACUCAUAUUCUUCUUCUGUUGUGUUUUUUGGCACCACCGGGAAAACCCUCACUGGAAUAGUUCUGCUGGAGAAAUGAAUGACACAAACAACCCUGUCAUUGACAAACAACGGGGGAUUAUUGCUCAUAUUUUAUUCAUAGGGACAGAUAAUGGCAGGAUGCGACGGCAAAAACCAAACAUAUCGCAUGUCCAAGACAGCACGGUUAGAAGGUUAGAAUGAAUAUCUUAAUACUUGUAUUGUUCUCGGAGAAGUAGUGCAGUCCCUAAGCCCUAAACGGAGUGACUUGGAAUAGUUUGACAAGAGACAGCGGAAAUACAUACUGUAGCCACACUGCUGGGGUAGAUGAUGAGAGAGUGAGAGAAAGGGAGUGGCCGAGAGAGAAAAAUGGAUGUGGAGUUUCACGGGCUUUUUUUUCUGCUGUGUUUGCAUUGGACAGGGUCUGGAACGGAACACAAGCCAUCUCAAGAAUCUCUAAGUAUAAUUUGUUUUAUACGAGCGCACAUUGGAACCGUGGAAUGUUGGUUUCAAACUCAGACACAUGCAGAGAGCAACUCAACAUGGCUGUGUUUUCAAUCAGCUAUACCAAGACUUUUUACUUUUUCUUCGGGGAAGAAACUAUACAUUUGAACCAAUAUAUGCUUUCAACUCACGCACUCAUCUAUCGUUUAAUAGUACAGAAGUUACAUUUCCAAACCGUUGACAGUAGAAAUGGUGAAAUGUCUUAUCCCUAAGAUAAUGACUUUUUCAGAUAUUUUGCCAUUGUGUUUAUUGACUUGUUGUGCAACAGAUAGAAAGAUGACCUAAUACCUACUCUUACCCAACACCCACCUGGGUGACGCAACAGGCAGUCAUUUCUUGCCAGAGCAGUCCCUGUCCACACAUCAGUUUCAAUCCCCUGGCCUACACGUGUUAUUUUAUUUUACCUUGCAUCCGUUCCCCCCAGAUUUCCCAUCUGGUUUCCAUUUCUGUAAUGUAGACCCCAACCACAGAACUCAGCUC